GCCGGGUGGAAAAUUUGGCGCCGUUGGCUGAUUUUGAGCAUCUGUGCGUCAUGGAUGAGACUACACGUAGCUGUCAAUCAUCUCGGACAACACAACGAACCCAAACGUCAAGCCAAGGGGGAAUGCGUCAACGCUUCCCACGAAAACCCAGCGUCGGCGAUUGACGUUGUUGUCAUCAUUCUGGUGAAGGAAGACAGGAGCUACAUAGCUAGAAGAUAUCUAGAUGUGCAGUCCGACAAACAAAGGCGCCUUGAAACAGGCAGGGAAGGAAGAUGACGCUGAGGAGUCAUCCAAGGCAAUAAAUGGCAACAACCGUGCUGCCGCUGUUUCUUCGGGGCAACAACGAUCGGGGGUGUCGUCGUCUCGUCGUCACCAUCACCACAACCACAAUCACCGCAAAUUCAGCCGCUCCGAUACAGCCGUUCAUUUGAUGAGUUCCAUGAUACAGCUCCAUGUGGCCGUGGAGAAAUUGCAGCAAGCAUCUCCAGAAGAUUGCUGGGAUCAAGCCUUUCUUCACCUUGUCACACAAACCAACCAAGUCUCCAGUCGCGGCAAUAAUAGUAUCCCCAAAUCGGCUCUGCGGGAAAUUCUCAAGAAUCCUCGCGUCAAACCAGUGGUACAAAUGAUCAAGUAUUUGGAAGACUUGUCUGGCGGUGAUGAUGGAACCAUUCGCAAAUCGUCCUUGGACAUGCUCUUGACAGCGGCCAUUCCGACGGUAGCGGGAACUGUGGACGGGGUGGUCACGCAAAAGAGGGCUCUUUCGCGGGUCGCUCGAGCCAGUCACAAUUUGCAGCAAUAUCUACCAGAUCAUGUCCGGGGAGACAUUCAAUUCCAAACUUCAGUGGCAAAUGACGAAGCAGCAACAUGGGCGGAAUUUUGCGAUACACUGGAAGAAGAGCAUUUGUCAAUCUACAACAAUAGCAAAAAAGAAGAGCAAACACCCGUCAAGAGACCAGCCAAACACGGGACGGUUGCAUCUCUGGGGGAAGAGAACGUGGCUCCCAAUAAAAACACCAAACACCAGACGACGACUACCGUGAAACCUGCGCCAUCACAAACAGAGGGAACCAAACCAACAGUUCCGGAAGCAUCAAAGGAAGAGCGGUCGCAACCAACAGCUACAACAUCUACAUCGGGCAAUCGCAAUGAAACAGAAUCCAAGGGGAACAACAAAACUACCGCCGACGAUGUCGCAACUCCUGCCCGAAAGAAGGCAACCAAGAUUCCACCCAUGCCUCAACCUGCAGCUCAUCCUUUCAAGAAAACUGCCAAUAAAUCACCCAUUCCAGAAGACGAGCCAACGACUCCGGGUUCCAGCAAACAUCGAAGGACCUCUAGUCGGUUUCCUAUUCCACCAUGCAACAACAACCAAUUCACGACCGGCACUUCUCAGGCUUUUACUGCGACUGUCACAUCGCCAGUAAAUGGAAGCUCGCCCAACCAAAAGGCCACCAAAUCAGACAACAAAGACGCUUCUCCUACUAGUUCAUCCUGGGGAUUCGCUCUGCCUCCUGGCUAUGAGAAGAAUGCUACUUCUCCCCGCUACAGUCCUACCAGUGAACCAACACCAACGAAACGACGCAAGGAACGUGCCAAGCCAACUCACCAGUUUGCUGCGUCUCGUAAUCCCCCUCCUAAAUUGAAGCAACCGGAAACACAGCAUCCCAGCGGAUUGUUUAGUGCGACUGCGGAGGCCAAAAAGCAUAGCCACAACCCGUUUUUGAGUGCCGCUACAUUCCAGCAAUCACGACAUUCCAGCGGCAUCUUUGGGGCACCUUCGGAAGCUCGCAAGGAGAAUCCGUUUUUCGGUGCACCCAAACCGACUGUGGCGCAACAGCACGCGCCUGUGAAUCGUCAUAACAAUGGCGCAACGAUGAGUGGUUCAAACGUUCCAGGGUUCUUCCAUCAGACACGAGCCGCAGAAGCAAGCCUUGGGGCAUCCGCAUACUCUUCUCGUGUCCCUGACUUGGAGGCAGGGCUUUUCCAGCAGACACGAUCCGCAGAAACAAGCUUUGGAGCUGCCGCAAACUCCUCUCGCGUCCCUGAUUUGGAGGAGUAUCCCUACCCAAGUCGCAAGAGUCAAAACCAUGUGCCGACAAGCCAUUUUGAUGGUGCCACGCGAACGCCGCGACGUCGUAUUGUCAAAGCCAAGAAACCCGAUGGUUUCAAACAUCGGGCCAUGCCUAGCCCCUUGAGCGAUGACGAUCUCUAGAGCUAGAGGACCAAACCAAAUCUUCCAGUGGAAGUCAGUAGCGAUCUGCUGUCUGUCUUCUCAGCCACCCUAAAAGAAAUCUUGUGCACCUUUCUCUCGUGGACUGUCACAUUAUGGUACUGUAACUAGCUAGGUAGUUCGGAACAAAACACAGCCAGUCAGCAAAAUUUAGAUCUAAAAUACGCCUGACUAAUUGGAAACACGUCUCUGUUCGUUGUC